GCUCUGCGGAGCCGGGAGCGCUCCCGGCGGGAGCCGCCCGCGGUCGGUCCGCCAGGCCGGCAGGGGGCAGCAGGGCGCGCGCGCGGCCCCGCCCCCCCGGGCAGGGCAGGAGCUGCGGCUGCGCGGGGCGCGCGGCCUUUUCCCGUUCGCUGCGGAGCGCAGUCGUUGUGCGGAGCGGGCCCCGGCCUGAGGGACCGGACAGUGCCUGGCACGAUGGGGUUUGUGAAAGUUGUCAAGAAUAAGGCAUACUUCAAGAGAUACCAAGUGAAAUUCAGGAGAAGGAGAGAGGGAAAAACUGAUUACUAUGCUCGCAAACGUUUGGUAAUUCAAGAUAAAAACAAGUACAACACUCCUAAGUACAGGAUGAUUGUGCGUGUUACCAACAGAGACAUCAUCUGCCAGAUUGCCUAUGCCAGAAUCGAGGGGGACAUGAUUGUGUGUGCUGCCUACGCCCACGAGCUGCCCAAGUACGGCGUCAAGGUGGGCCUGACCAACUACGCCGCUGCCUACUGCACCGGCCUGCUGCUGGCACGCAGGCUUCUGAAUAAAUUUGGCCUUGAUAAGAUCUAUGAAGGCCAAGUUGAAGUCACGGGUGAUGAAUACAAUGUGGAAAGUGUGGAUGGCAAGCCUGGUGCUUUUACAUGCUACCUGGAUGCAGGUCUUGCUAGAACUACCACUGGAAACAAAGUCUUUGGUGCUCUGAAGGGUGCAGUGGAUGGGGGACUGUCUAUCCCUCAUAGCACCAAACGUUUCCCUGGCUACGACUCAGAAAGCAAAGAGUUCAAUGCUGAGGUUCACCGCAAGCACAUCAUGGGCCAGAAUGUGGCUGAUUACAUGCGGUACCUGAUGGAGGAGGAUGAAGAUGCCUACAAGAAACAGUUCUCCCAGUACAUAAAGAACAAUGUAACACCUGAUGGGAUGGAAGAAAUGUAUAAAAAAGCCCAUGCUGCUAUACGGGAUAAUCCAGUCCAUGAAAAGAAACCCAAGAGAGAAGUUAAGAAAAAGAGAUGGAACUGUCCCAAGAUGUCCCUUGCCCAGAAGAAAGACCGUGUUGCUCAGAAGAAAGCCAGCUUCCUCAGGGCCCAGGAACGCAGAACUGAGAGUUAAGACAACUUCCACAGUUUUCUGUGAAGGUUCUGAAAAAGUGGCAAUAAAUUUAUUGAGGAAGCAA